CCCCUUUCGAACUCGAAAUUUCAGAUGGAGGUCAUUGAGCUCAGGGUCCGUUUACAUUGCAAAGCUUGCGAGAAGCCUGUUGCAAGAGCCCUGAGAAAGCUAAAGGGGGUCACUUGCAUCGAAAUAGACGUAAUAGCAAGCAAGAUCACAGUUUUGGGCUAUGUUGAUCGAAAUGCAGUAAUAAAGGGGGUUCGGAAAACUGGUCGACAAGCUGAGUUGUGGCAAUCUAGUCACCAGGAUUCUGGUUGUCCGGUAAACAUGUUCCCAAGGUGGGGAACUUGAAAUGUACAUGAAUGCAAGAUGAA